GAAACCGCCCUCUCGCAGUGCGCCUCUCCCUGUAGCUGGAUCGUGGCUUCCAACUAGAUCGCCCUCUCUCCGCUCCGCCCCUGCUCCUCCUCCUCCGCCUCCCCCUGCCUCGCCAAGCCCCUCCCCUACACAGGCUGGUCUACUCUGUUUUCCAUGUUGGCUCUUCUUCACUCCUUCCUCGUAUUCUCCGUUGCCCUUCCCCUGCGCCUUGUCACGCUGUUAAUUGUUAUUUUUUAGUUUUUUCCCUUCUAGUUGUGCCGGUUUUUGUUUUUUCUCUCAUUCUUUUUGUUCUACUUGAUUUCCACUCUCGAGCCUCCCUCACAAGCAGUGGUAGCAGUCUUAGUACAAUCGCUCGGGGCCUUCACUCUGCACAUGAUGAGCAGGUUUAGUGUCUCAUAGCAUGCCUCGUUGCGUAGUCGCCGCCGUCAAGGUCCACGCCACUCUUAGUUUUGGACGUCGGUUCUUGCAUUGUUCCAAUUUCAGUGCUAUAGCGAACGCGCACAGGAUGUUAUAAAUUUUAACGUCAAUAAGUCGAUUCUCGUAAGCAUUCUUCUUGUGAAUGUGAUAAACUUUCUUGAACCUCAAUGGUGUAUGCCAGCAUAAUCAGCCUCACGUAGAUAGAUGCGUUGAACGGGAUAUGGACGAUGCAAGUACUAUUAGCGCAGACGACGCGUCCGAUUUUUCUGGAGACAGGGAGUUGAGCUUUCUUCUGUACGACGAUGCACAAGUAGACAAUUCGGCUAGGAGCUCCGACGGGCCUUGUUCACCGUGGUGGCCACUUCGAAGCUCCAGGGAUAGAUCUAGUGACGCUCCUUCCCUUUCUUCAAAAAUGGACACUGGGCGGGAUACAUUCAUGUGGGAAGAGAAGCGAGAGAAACGGGAGACGGAACUUUCAGAGGUGGAGAUGAUGAAGGAGCGGUUCGCAAAGUUGCUGCUUGGGGAGGACAUGUCGGGUGGUGCUAAAGGUGUUUCUACCGCUCUUGCGAUUUCGAAUGCCAUUACUAAUCUUUCAGCCUCGCUCUUUGGUGAGCUUUGGAGGCUGGAACCACUAUCCGAAGAUCGACGAACAAGAUGGCGCAGAGAAAUGGAGUGGCUUCUUUCUGUCAGUGACCACAUUGUCGAGCUUGUGCCAUCAUGGCAAACUUUCCCUGACGGGAGCAGUACCGAGGUCAUGAUCACAAGACCCCGAUCAGAUCUUCACCUUAAUCUGCCAGCCUUACGCAAGCUUGAUGCGAUGCUGCUGGAUUCUUUGGAUAGCUACACCAACACGGAAUUCUGGUAUGUGGAUCGGGGGAUUAUUGCUGCAGAAAAAGACAACGUGACUGGCUCAAGGUUGUCUAUGCAGAGACAAGAAGAGAAGUGGUGGCUUCCUACCCCAAAGGUACCAGUGAAUGGUCUUUCUGAGGAGGGUCGGAGAAAUCUUCAGCACCAACGAGAGGCUAUCAACCAGAUUUUGAAGGCUGCCAUGGCUAUCAAUGGUCAAGUCUUGUCAGAGAUGGAAGUUCCUGAUGUGUAUUGGGAUUCGCUUCCGAAGAAUGGAAAGUCUAGUUUGGGCGAUGUAAUUUACAAACACCUCUCUUCAGACAAUUACUCAGCAGAACAAAUUUUAUCUACGGUGGAUCUUUCAAGUGAACACUGUCAGCUGGAAGUUGCUAAUAAGCUAGAAACUGCAAUACUCGUGUGGCGCCGCAAGAUUCAAUCGAAACAUUCAAAUAUUGCAGCGAAAUCUUCUUGGGGCAUGAUGAAAGACCUAGUGGCUGACGAGAAUAAGAAGGAGCAGAUUGCUGAUAAAGCGGAGUCUAUGUUGCAUAGCUUGAAGUUACGGUUCCCAGGGUUGCCACAAACCGCCCUUGAUAUGAACAAGAUUCAGUAUAACAAGGACGUGGGCCAGUCGAUUUUGGAAAGUUACUCUAGAGUGUUGGAGAGUUUGGCCUUCAACAUCAUUGCACGUAUUGACGACGUCGUCUAUGCCGAUGACAUGGUGAAGAAGUCAGUCGGACUUCCACCAACUCCACCAUCUUCAAAUCGACCACUCAACCAAAUCAAGAGACCCAAUGGACAUCACAACGUGCAUUUAACUACCACUCCAUGUUCUACCCCUUAUAUCUCUCCCAACACCUCUCCGGCUCUUAGUCCGCACCAGAUUCUGAGUUCCUCUCGUGACCACAUCGAAGGCUACGCCGUUGUACGAGGACCGAACUUGAAUCAAGUACUUCCAGACUGGUCCAAUGGGAAACUGGACACUACUUUCAAGAAAGAUCAUGAGUUGGUGAAACUGCCUUCAGAAGAUGUUAAAGUUUGGAGUUACGCUGGAAACCUCGAGAGUAGUAAUGCCUUGCACAGUCCUCCGGGUCGUGACUAAUUUUUCGGUUCACAUUGAGGAUUGUGACUAUCAUUGCCUUCACUGGAACCGAGAGGUACGAGUUGGAAUGGAUGUUAUUUAUAUUGCUCCCAGGCUCCCUCCGAUAGUAUUAGAACUUGUAGACUCCCGUAUAUUGAUCGUUGUAAAGUAGAUCAUUUCCCUCAGGACAAGGGCAAUUAUCAAAUCACUAAUUGCUAAUUCUUCUGCUGCUGGAACACUUAGUGUUUACCGCUUGCGGACAGCGAAGAAUGUAUCGUUGUCUCUCUUCAGAAGGCUACGUUGAACAGUGCAGGAAAGAAGAGUUGUGGGAAAAGUUCCCACUCUUCGUACUGUGAUUAUGCUUCCCUCAACAUUUGGGUUGUUAGAACAAUAGGUUGCAGUCAAAUUUUGGUUCUUUUCUCCUCCAUAGUUAUCAGAACUGCAGUGUUCCAUAACUGCUUAAUUUUUUUGGAAUAUCUGCACCUCCGGGAUACAACUGUAGCCCUUUAUUGUGGAUUUGCCUGUCAAAAUAGUUUAUAGGUGACUGAUUUUCACACAACAGACUCUUGAAAUGACUCAUUUAGUUUUAACGCGAGGACGGGGUUUGUGAACUUCGGCUAUUGCAGGGCACUUCUGGAGGUCUUUGAUCUGUCGAGUCUUCGUCUAAUUUCAAAGUAAAUAAUCCACCUGUCACUCGGA